AUGUCCAUGAUUUCUCCUCACCAUGCGAAGCAGCAGCGGCCAGUGAAGCAGUCACUCAGCAAGUCGCUCUGUAGGGAAUCACACUGGAAGUGCCUGGUGCUCUCCUUCUUAAUGUAUGGCUGCAUGGGAGCCAUGACUUGGUGCCACGUGACGAAGGUGACCCGGUUGACAUUUGAUAGUGCAUAUAAGGGAAAGUCCAUGAUGUACCAUGAUAGCCCUUGCUCCAAUGGCUAUGUCUAUAUUCCCUUGGCCUUCUUGGUGAUGCUUUAUGUGGUCUAUCUGGUGGAGUGCUGGCACUGUUAUACUCGCAAUGAGCUCCAAUACAAGGUGGAUGUGGAGAGUGUGCAUGAACGUGUCCAAAGGAUGCAGCAGGCCACACCAUGCAUCUGGUGGAAAGCUAUCAGCUAUCAUUAUGUAAGAAGGACACGUCAGGUCACCCGCUACCGCAACGGGGAUGCUUAUACUACCACCCAGGUGUACCAUGAGAGAGUCAACACCCAUGUGGCAGAAGCAGAGUUUGAUUAUUCUAACUGUGGGGUGAAGGACAUUUCAAAGGACCUAACUGACUUGGAGAAUUUCCCAGCUACUCGGCUUCGCUUCACCAAGUGCUUCAGUUUUGCCAAUGUAGAAUCUGAGAACUCCUAUCUGACCCAGAGGGCUCGUUUCUUCACAGAGAAUGAGGGACUAGAUGACUAUAUGGAGGCAAGGGAAGGCAUGCAUCUUAAGAACGUGGACUUCAAAGAAUACAUGGUGGCUUUCUCAGACCCAGACAAUUUACCUUGGUAUGUCUCUCACUAUGUUUUCUGGGUGGCUGCUCUCUUGACUUUGUCCUGGCCCUUGCGAGUCUUGAAUGAGUACCGCACUUCUUAUGUCCACUACCAUGUAGAAAAACUCUUUGGAUUUGAUUAUGUGGCAGUAACACCAGCUGAAGAGCGUCCUUUCUGCCGACGGAUGCCUCGAGUCAACACAGUAGAUAGCACAGAGUUAGAGUGGCACAUCCGCUCCAACCAGCAGUUGGUGCCUAGCUACUCAGAGGCUGUCCUUAUGGAUUUAGUAGGCCUGUCUGGUUGCACUACUUACUCCUCCUGCCAUUAUGGGAGUUAUAGGCAAAACUGUGAACAAUGUCACAGGACUAUAAGUAGCUCUUCCAUCUUUUCCCGUAGUGCUCUCAGUAUCUGCAACGGCAGCCCCAGGAUCCCUUUUAGCAGCAGCCGCUUCUCUCUGGGCCGCCUCUAUGGCUCACGGCGCAGCUGCCUUUGGCAAAGUCGGAGUGGGAGCUUAAAUGAGCAGAGCUGUCCAACUGAGCAGACUCGCCUGUCCAGCCAAGUCACCAUGGAGGAGGAAGACCCUCCUCCUUACCAAGAUGCUCUCUAUUUCCCCAUCCUUAUUGUACAUCGAAAUGAGGGCUGUCUCAACCAUGAUCACCGUCAUCUUCACCGGAAUGGAUCCUGUGUGGAGACCUCACUCUAA